AUGCCAACAAACACCCAGAUGGCACCGUUUGGCGGUGAUGCACGUCGGAGAUCCCAAGCAAGACCACCUGUUCUUUCUGAUGCGUCCAAAUCUCGGGCAACCCGUGCUAAAACCCCAAGAGACACCCUGAAAAGGUAUCUCGCGCUCUCUCGGCACGACCUCACCAUCACUCAUAGACAACAACACCCAAUCCCCAUUACCUCUAAACAGGCCCUACGAACCAUACGAAACCGCUACCUUGACUACGAACGUGUCUACCAACGGCAAAUCGGUGACGGCCGCCCGCCCGAGCGAUGGAUAACGUGCGGCGCCACUGGCAAAUGUGGUCGAUGCAUGUUCUACGACAGGGUGAUCAUGUACAAUCUCAAGCCGUACGCCGACUGGCGGGAAGAAAUCUUCAUCGACUUGAUGGUGAAAACCCUCCGUCAAGUGGAGCGUCAUGCGGGAGGGAACAUUGUAAGAGGAAAGGCCGUGACCUGGGAUGAUGUCAACUCAUUCGUCCAAUCACCGCCAAUCCGGGGUGCCUUCUGGGAAUUCCACAAGGCGUGUCGGGUAUCAGUUGACCAGGUCUCGCCGGCAGCCAUGACAGCCAAGCUGGUCGGCUUGCUGCCGACGGUGGUGCGCAUAGUCCGGGCGCCCGUGAUUGGAGAGGUGAAAGUGGACAGAAUCACCAAAGUCAAGAAGGAGAAGUAUGCUCCAGGAUGGUAUCUGGGGGAUUUGGCAUACCUGAGGAGCGGGGGCAGACAGUGGGGGGCAAGAGAGAAGAAGCCGACGCCGACUGAGGAGGUCAAGACGUGGGAUGUGCACCAGUGCUUCAAGCAUCCCUAUGCGGGGAGGCCCAAGACGUGGGUUUUGGAGGAUUAUCUGCUGCAGUUUUGCGUCGUCGCCGAGUCCUGGCGGCGGUAUGGGUUGCAGAGAGGGUGCAGAUGGAGGUUCGGUGGCUCUGCGGGGGCUGCCGAUCUGAUCUGCGCGGUGCUUCUCAACUGGUGGUGCAUGACGGAGUUCGACGUCUUCAAGAGGCAGAGGCACAGCCGGCUGUCAAUCAAUCUGGUCUGGGAGGAGUGGAUGACACGCUACCCUCGCUUCCUGCAGGGUAACGAUGGGAUGGAGGCGCCGCGGGGCGGCAGACGCUCAGAGAAGGUGUUGCAGGGAGUUGGUCGGGCCGUGAUGCUGGGCUUCUCGGGCACGCCCCAAAACUAUGUACGGAGGCCGGCUCUUGCGGUUGUGGUUUCGCCGCGAGAUCCAAAUUACGUUCGCAAACCAAAGAAGUUGGCCCGCCGUCGUCCAUCCAAAUAUGAUAAUCCGGCACGCUAUCAGUCAUUUUUUAUGUAG